AUGCUGGCAACAAAGUUUAAUAGUAUUUCUCCUAUUGAAUUAUUGGAAAUAAUAUCUUCCUAUGAUGUUCAGGAUGAAAUGAAAUUGUCACAUAUACAAAACUUGAAGACUCAUAUUAAGAAAGAUACCAUAGAUUUAAGAAAUGUGCCAAUUUAUUUACAAAUAAUUAUUAAAGGAUUAGAAAUUACUCGUUUGAAUAUUUCUUCCGUCAGUUUUAAUUCACUCACUUAUCUUAUUAAGAGAAUAAGCGUUCAAGAUAAAUCAGGGAACAUUUUAAAAGAAGAAUGUUUUUUAAUUUUACCAAUUUUAAUUAACAAAUUAGGAAGUGCAUCAUCACCGGCAGGCACUAACCUGGCCAAAAAAUCGUUAGAGGACUAUUGGUUAUCAAGUCCGAUUGAAGUCGAGGACGCAUUGACAGAGAUUGCUUUUGAAAACCCAAACAAUAAAAUCACCAUUGAAACAAUCGAUUGGAUGAAGCAAAUUUUAAAAAAUAUAAGCACAAAAUUCAAUGUACCGAAAUUCUUACCAAAGAUUUUGCAUUCAAUUGAAAUUAAUCCCCAUAAUGAAGAAAUCAUUGGUUCUGCUAAAGAGUUACUUUCUGUCUAUCUCGAGAAAAAUCCAUCCGCUAUAGAAGGAUUCAAAAAGCAAAUAGAAUCACACCUGUUAGCACAAGCAACCAAAGACAAACUUUUAAGUAAUGUUGAUUCCAAACUUCGCAGUAGUGAUCCAGAACCCCAUAUACGAAGAGCCAAUACCUCAAGACUGAACACACCGGUAUCUCAGGUACAGAACAGCUUAGUCGAUGUUGGUCAUGACGUUGAGUUACUUGAACUCUUAAAUAAGGUCAAUUAUGAAAUGGACAGUACCAUCAAAGCGAUCGAUAUUAGGGAUCCAAAUAGUUUAUUCAAUACAUUUGAAAUUUUUAUGCCUUGUUUUGAAGGGAAAGAAACAGAAUCAAAUUGGAAGGUGAGGGAAAAAAAUAUCUUGCAAAUGAGAUCGAUUUUACGUGGAAAUAGUCCUACACAGUUUAAAUCAGAGUUGGUUCAGUGUAUUCAUAGUAUAGCUAGUGGGAUGUGCAAGGGAGCCAGUUCACUCCGUACUACAUUAAGUUCCAACAGUUGCCAAUUAAUCAAAGAAUGUGCAGUGAUUUUGAAAAAAUCAUUAGAGCCAGUGGCUGAAAGUCUUUUCCCGACAUUGAUCAAGCUAUGCUCAUCAACCAAGAAUAUUGCCUCCAACAAUGCAAAUAUGUCUGUCGCCGCAUUAUAUGCUAACUUGCCAUAUACCUCAAAAAUGAUUCAACGUAUCACCUUGGCAUCAGAGGAUAGAAACCAUCAACCUAGAUCAUACUCUUUGAUUUGGUUGCAUAUUUUAUUGUUAAAAAUAGGACUAGACCGCAGUUUUAUUGGACAUCAUGAUUCCAACUUUAUUGAAUCAGCAAACAAGGUGUUUAUGAAACUUUUGAAAGAUGCCAAUCCUAAUGUUAGACAAACUGCUAAAGAAUGUUAUUGGUGUUUCACUAGAGUUUUCCCUGAAGAUGCAGAAAGAUUAUUAAAACGACUAGAACCAAAUAUUGUUAGGGCCCUUGAAAGAUCUCAAAGAGAGAGUGGCGGGUCGGGAAUUGCACCUAUCAGAACCCUUAGCAGUCGUCCAUCACGACCAUCCUUGAAGGAGGCUAUAUUAGAAAGGAACAAGGAAUUGCGUCAAAGAAGACCCCCUUCUCGUAACUCGGGUGAACAAUCAACAAGAAUAAAAUCAGUGCCGAUGCCAAAGCCAACGAAAAGCAGCUCACGCUUGGAAAAGUCGUUACUCAGGCCAGAUGUUGGCCAUAGGAGUCAGCCAGCAGUGAGGUCAUCUAGUUGGACGCAUCCUAGUACCCAAAAUGGUCCCAAACCAACUUUUAAACAACGAGAACGUAGUAAAACUGAAGUGCAUAAAAAGUCGCCUCUUGAAUUCUCGAGGCCGUCGAGUCGUUUGGAUGCCGGUGCUACUGUUUCUUCUUCGUUUAAUAACAAUAACGAUCCCAUGAUCAACUUUUUGUCGUCAAGCGAUAGUGAUUUGAUAAAGGAGGGAAUAAAUUUGUUGAAAUACGCUAUUAUAGGGAAAGAAAAUCUACCAUCUGAAAUCAACUCUUUGCUUAAAGGCAUAUCUGAAAAACAUGUUCAAAUUAUGAAACCACUUUUCACGUCGAAUGAUUAUACCUUUAAAAAAUCAGCACUGUUGUUACUUCCAGAUGAUUUCUUAAGAGUUUGUGCGCUCGUUUUUGAUGAGUUUGAUGAGACAGUUAUCAAUUUGAUUAUUCAAUGUGUCGAUGUUCUGACUUUUUAUGAAUCAGCUUGCAACCUUUUGACGUUGGUGGCAGAUACCCCAAACAUACCUGGUAGUCAUGCCUUUGUAAUGCAGAUAUCAAACCAAAAAUUGCUUAUCACAAAACUGAUUUUACAAGCGUUGCUGAUAGCUUUGAGUAAACUCGCAGUUACAGACGUGCAGUUUGGAGAAAUAUUUCAAGAGCUUGUUAAAUUGAUCAUAGUAUUGAAAGCAACUGAUCAUUAUUCACUCCUUUGUCAAUUGUUUCGUCAGUUGUAUACUAUUGAUAGUAGCAAGUUCAGUUUGUUGGUGGAAGAUGUGGAGGGCAAGCUCAAGGAAGAAGUGGAGUUUAUAGUUGGUAUUGAGAGCACAAUGACACUUGAACGGCCUCCAAGCAAACUUGAUUAUGAUUUGACUGUGGUUAAACCAACACUGAAUUUAGGUACCUUUGUUCCAUCCCAGAAACCUAGUGCUGAUUUCACUAUGUUAUUGCCAAAGAGAAGUGAGUUUUUGGGAAAUGAAGAAACGCAUAAUUCAAAGAUGGUGGGAAAACCGGAAGCUCUGGAUUCAACACCACCAAAGCUGUCGCAAAUGGACCAGAUUUCCCUGAAACGAUCAAAUUCAGAACAUCAAUCGGAGGUAUUGGUAGACAAUUUUGCCAAUGUUUCAAUAGCAGAUGGUGGUUCCAAAUUAAGUCAAGCAAAGAACGACGACGAUAACUUGAAACAGCUUAUGGAGAGAAUUGAUCCAUUAAAACCAAUUUCUAACAAAAUCAGAAAGAUUUCCAUAUAUGAGGAUUCUAAACUGAAUUCAGAUAAACCCAAAUUAGAAAGAAACUGGGGUGGAUUUCAGUAUGCAAAAUUUUCACGGGCAAUUCGUGUUAAUGCAGUAGCUGAGAAUAUGAGUUUGACUAGCCAAGAAUUUGAAGCUUGUUGCUCCAAACUAGUGGAAACACCAUCUCAGUCCGCUUUAUUGAAAAUGACUUGGUUUGUUGAUUCAUUGUCAGUUUCCAGCUAUGAGUACCAAGAAUUUUUUCUUAACAAAGGGAAAUACAAGUUGGAGAAAUCAUUAUGGGAGUUUUUCAGCAAAAUCGAUAAACUGGAUCAUUCUUUGGUUAUGAAUGGAUUAUUCUUGUUGAAACAGUUGUUAAAAUUUGACGAAACUACUAAUGUUGAUAAAUUGUUUGCACUUUUAGUUGAUACUUGUUCUCAAGAAGAAUUGGAUAGUGAAUUAUACUUUAUAUGGAACGAAAUGUUAUCGACCUUAAACCAUGAAAAUUUAAUGAAGGCAUUUGAAGAACAAGCUUUGAACUAUUUAGAAGGUGAAGAGAACAAUUUGACUGUUCUGAGUUUAUGUUUAAAUUAUUUAGCUAAAGUGUUAGUUGAUGAUAAUUGUUUGGAUGUUGCAAAAGUUUAUCGUUUGGACACUAUAUUUGGGAAACUAUUCUAUGAACGUGAAGUAAUGUUUCGGAAAUCAGCAACAAUCUGCUAUAGUAAUUUGUUGAAGAAUACUAAUGUUUCUCCUGAAGUGAAAGAUACUUUGGAUAAAGUCAAAUCAAGAUACCCUGCUUCUACUCAGAGAUUAAUUGAGUUUUACAUGAAAAGGUAA